UCUCCAGCUGGAGGGUUGGAGGGAACCAUCAUGAAGGUCACAGUUGCCGCCUUUUCUCUUCUGCUGGUCCUGGCCCUGAGCAGCCAGUAUGUGGAAGGCUGCCUUUCAUUUUAUGGCACUUUUGGUAUCCUACUCACCAGGAGUCCUUGGCUGCUAGAAUCGAACCUCAAAAAAUAUAAUCCUUCUAAGACUGAGAUUGAGGCCUUCAAAAAGAUACAGGAGUGUUAUAAAGAAAAUUCCCUGAAAUCAUCGCUCCAAGAUGUAGCUCUCAUGAUGGGCAUCACCCUAAGCCCGGAAUGCUUGAGAAACAUAAUUCCAAAUGGCAUUUUUGUAAAGCAUGAAUAAUGAACCCCUGGGUUACCUCGAACAACGUCCCAGUCGCUACCAAUUUUGCACACUCCAUGCCUACUCUGGGCCUAGCUCAGCUCCUGUAGAGACACUAAGCCUGGAGACCCUGCCCGUCAGGGAUGAUUAUAGACUCUAGUGAUUCUAAUAAAGCAAAUGCACCUCAAAUCUAUUUGUGACUAUGUAAUUGCAUGAGCUACUGAGGAUGUGAUAUGUGUGUCACUGCAUGACUGGGGGAAGGUUUGAAAAAUACUGGCAUUAGAGUUCAAGCCCCAGACUAGAGUACAGGUCCCAGCUCUUUCCCUUACUAAUUGUGUGACCAUAGCCAAAUUAUUCUCAUCCUCAACUUCCCCAUCUGCAAAA